AUGGCUACUGACUGUGCCAACUACGUGCGUCUCAUCCAGCCCUUCAAUAAGACUCAUGUGUACGUCUGUGGCACCGGGGCCUACCACCCACAAUGCACCUACAUAGACCUGGGACGCAGUAUUGAGGAGCCAGCGUUCCGCCUGCUGAGCCAUGCUGUGGAGUCUGGCCGGGGGAAAUGUCCCUUUAGUCCACGGGAGCCCUUCACCGCCAGGCUCACCGAUGGAGAUUUGUAUGCUGGGACAUCAGUGGAUUUUAUGGGCACCAACACAGCUAUAUUCCGUACCUCUGUGCACAGCAGCAAACAACACUAUAUACGCACUGAGGCCUACCAGGACCACUGGCUCAAUGAGCCAGAGUUUGUGGGUUCCUUCUCUAUCCCAGACACACACAGUGUGGACGAUGACAAAGUCUAUAUCUUCUUCAAGGAGACAGCUGUAGAGUCCAGCCAGUGGGACAAGAGGGUUUACAACAGAGUGGCACGCGUCUGCAAGAAUGACGUAGGAGGAAAGAGGAGUCUGAUCAACCGUUGGAGUACCUUCCUCAAGGCCCGUCUGGUGUGUUCUGUACCAGGACCAGCUGGACUGGACACACAAUUUGACGAGCUAGAGGACGUCUUCAUGCUGGAGACCAAAGACUCCCAGAACCCCAUCAUCUAUGGAGUGUUCUCCACCUCCAGUUCUGUCUUCAGAGGCUCAGCAGUGUGUGUCUACUCCAUGGCCUCUAUCAGGGCAGCCUUCAACGGUCCGUUCGCCCACAAGGAAGGGCCCGACUACCGCUGGGUGGAGUACAAGGGGAGGAUCCCAUAUCCACGACCUGGCACUUGUCCCAGUGUGACCUACGACCCCCUCCACAAGUCUACCCGUGACUUCCCUGAUGACGUAGUGAGUUUCAUGAGGGGUCAUCAUCUGAUGUGGGAACCCAUCCUACCGGUCAGCCGCCGCCCGGUCUUUACCCUGGUCAACGUAUCCUACACCCUGAGAAAGUUAGUGGUGGAUAGGGUGGACGCUGCGGAUGGACAGUAUGAUGUACUACACCUGGGCACAGAUGAUGGCCAGGUGCUGAAAGUGGUGUCUAUUCCUAAAGAGAACAGGGAACCUGAGGAGAUCAUCCUGGAGCAGCUGACUGUGUUUCAGGUGAGAAGGAGCCUGCUUCAGCUUCACCAUUACGUCUUCUCUUAAA